AUGACUGCUCAUAAUAUACUUGAUCUUCCUAAUGAAAUUCUUGAAAUUAUAGUAUUUAAUAUCAUUGGUAGACCAUGGAAAGAUGAUGUACGUGUUUAUCUUAUGCGUUUAAUAUCAUCUGAUGAAUUAGAAGAAAAAAUAAGUCGAUUUGAUGAAAAUUAUUUUUGUACAAUUGAAAAAAUUCUUCUUUGGCCUGAUAAAAUACGUAUAUAUAUUGAUGAACGUGGAGAUAAUUCACUUGGUGGUAUUCAACAUCCUAGACAUUCAACAAUAGCAUAUCUUGAAGAAAAUUCUACUAAUUUUUAUGGACAUAAUACUACUACAGUUUGUGAUAGUAACUUUUCUAUUGCAGAUGAAAAAGCACAAUAUUUAGGUUAUUUAGAUUUUGUAAUAAAUAUUUCAUUUGAUUGUAUUGGAAAAGUGCUUUAUUUUCAAUAUGGCCAUAGUGGUUAUAGUAUGACGAAACUUUUUCAUAUAAAACAGUCAUUUAUCGAUAAAUAUAAUCUUCUUCCUUUGAUGAGAAAAUGUCAAAACAUUGGAUAA